ACGUUCAACUUCCAACGUUGGGGUGGUGGAGGCCGCGACGCGAGUGGCGAGGAGAACGUGCCUUGUAUGACGCAAAUGGGUGAUGAAAAGGAAUCUUGGAAAGUGAAAACGUUAGAUGAAAUUCUCCAGGAGAAGAAACGCCGAAAGGAACAAGAGGAGAAAGCAGACAUAAAGCGCAUAAAAAAUUCUGAUGAUCGGGAUUCAAAGCGCGAUUCCCUUGAAGAGGGAGAGCUGAGAGAUCACCGCAUGGAAAUAACUAUCAGGAAUUCGCCAUAUAGGAGGGAGGACUCUAUGGAAGACCGAGGAGAGGAAGACGACUCCCUGGCUAUCAAACCGCCCCAGCAGAUGUCGCGGAAGGAGAAAGCCCACCACAGGAAAGACGAGAAGAGGAAAGAGAAGCGGAGGCAUCGCAGCCACUCAGCAGAAGGGAAGCAUGCUAGGGUGAAAGAGAAGGAGCGCGAGCACGAACGUAGGAAAAGGCACCGGGAAGAGCAGGAUAAGGCCCGCCGUGAAUGGGAAAGGCAGAAAAGGAGGGAGAUGGCUAGGGAACAUUCCAGGAGAGAGAGGGACCGCCUGGAACAGCUUGAGCGAAAACGGGAGCGAGAAAGGAAAAUGCGAGAGCAGCAGAAAGAGCAGCGGGAGAUAAAGGAACGGGAAAGGCGAGCGGAGGAAAGGCGGAAAGAGCGGGAAGCCAGACGAGAUAUUUCAGCACAUCACAGAACAGUGAGAGAAGAAUACAGCGAGAAAGGCCGAGUCUGGAGCCGCAGCCCCCUACGGCAGCCACGGGAGAAGCUGGAACAAGGAGAGAUCCGAAAGCCAGUCAAAGAGGAAAAGCCAGAAGAGAGAGAUCCCCUUUCAGAUCUGCAGGAUAUCAGCGACAGCGAGCGGAAAACCAGUUCAGCAGAGACAUCGUCAGGGGAAACGGGCUCCGGUUCGGAGGAGGAGGAAGAGGAAGAAGAGGAGGAGGAGGAGGAGUCCAGCAGCGAGGAGUCGGAAGAGGAGGAGGAAGAGGAGGAGGAAGAGGAAGAGGAGACGGGGAGCAAUUCUGAAGAAGUCUCUGAACAGUCUGCUGAAGAGGUGAGCGACGAAGAAAUGAGCGAAGAGGAGGAGCGGGAGAAUGGCGACCACAUCCCAGUCGUUACAGAGUCGAGGUUCGAUCGGGACUCGGUGGGGAGCGAAGCGGAGGAGGAGGAGGUUGCCGAGGCCAGCCCGCAGUCCAAUGCCAUGACGGAAGGAGACUACCUCCCCGAUUCGCCUGUGUCGUCACCCGUGGAGCUGAAGCAAGAGCUUCCCAAGUACCUUCCUGCCCUUCAGGGCUGUCGUAGUGUGGAGGAGUUCCAGUGCUUGAACCGAAUAGAGGAGGGAACGUACGGUGUGGUGUACAGAGCAAAAGACAAAAAAACAGAUGAGAUCGUGGCCCUGAAGCGGCUGAAAAUGGAAAAGGAGAAAGAAGGUUUCCCCAUAACCUCGCUAAGGGAAAUCAACACCAUCCUGAAAGCACAACACCCAAAUAUUGUCACCGUCAGGGAAAUUGUCGUCGGCAGCAACAUGGACAAAAUCUAUAUUGUCAUGAAUUAUGUAGAGCACGACCUCAAGAGCCUCAUGGAAACGAUGAAGCAGCCCUUCUUGCCAGGCGAAGUGAAAACACUGAUGAUUCAACUGUUACGGGGAGUCAAGCACCUUCACGACAACUGGAUUCUGCACCGAGACUUGAAGACUUCUAACCUGCUGUUGAGCCAUGCUGGCAUCUUAAAAGUUGGAGACUUUGGUUUGGCCCGCGAAUACGGGUCACCUCUGAAACCGUACACACCCGUAGUUGUGACGUUGUGGUACAGGGCUCCAGAGCUCCUACUUGGAGCCAAGGAAUAUUCCACAGCCAUCGACAUGUGGUCCGUGGGUUGUAUAUUUGGAGAACUCCUAACCCAGAAGCCGCUCUUUCCAGGGAAGUCAGAAAUAGACCAAAUUAACAAAGUUUUCAAGGACCUGGGCACCCCAAGCGAGAAGAUCUGGCCUGGGUACAACGAGCUGCCAGCAGUCAAGAAGAUGACCUUCACGGAGUACCCAUACAACAACCUCCGCAAGAGGUUCGGGGCGCUGCUCUCCGACCAGGGAUUUGAUCUAAUGAACAAGUUCCUGACGUACUACCCCGGCAAAAGAAUCAACUCGGAAGAUGGCUUAAAGCAUGAGUACUUCCAAGAGACCCCCCUGCCGAUCGACCCGUCCAUGUUCCCAACGUGGCCGGCCAAAAGCGAGCAGCAGCGGGUGAAGCGCGGGACGAGUCCACGGCCUCCCGAGGGGGGCUUAGGAUACAGCCAGUUGGGUGACGAUGAUCUGAAGGAUACAGGCUUCCACCUGACGACCACAAACCAAGGGGCGUCGGCUGCCGGCCCGGGCUUCAGUUUGAAGUUCUAAGCGGAAGGCGC